AUGUCGUCCCCGCACUCACCCAUCAAGCGAUUGUUGGUCGCAAACAGAGGUGAAAUCGCCGUUCGCAUCCUCCAUGCGGCACGGGAAUUACCCGAAAAGGUCGAGACAUUUGCACUCUACACAACAGACGACCGAUCACACUGCGAUCUAGGCAGACCUCAACAAGCAAUCCAAAUCCCAUCAGCCACUUCCUACCUGGACAUAACCCAUCUAGUAGAUCUAGCCCGCAAGUACUCCAUCGAUGCCGUCCACCCAGGCUAUGGCUUCCUCAGCGAAAGCGCCGAGUUCGCCCACCGUAUGUGGCACGAAGCUGGGUCAAUCGUCAUAGGACCAGGCUGGGAAAACCUCGCCCGAACAGGCGACAAGCUUCAAGCGAAACAGCUUGCGAGGCAAUGUGGUGUCCCCGUUUUAGAAGCCAUGGCCCAAUCCACCGCUAGUGUGGAUGAAGCAGGCGCUUUUGCUCGACGGGUUGGGUUUCCUGUUAUGAUUAAGGCCGUUGAUGGAGGUGGUGGGAGGGGCAUUCGGCUUGUGCGUGAAGAGGCUGAGUUGGAUAAUGGGAUUCAGCGCGCUAUUGGGGAGUCGCCUUCCAGGACGGUGUUUGUCGAGAAGGCUGCUGUUGAUGGGUUUCAUCAUGUCGAGAUUCAGAUUAUUGGGGAUGGGACGGGGCAGGUGCGGCAUCUGUGGGAGCGGGAUUGUAGUGCUCAGAGACGGUUUCAGAAGGUUGUUGAAUGUGCUCCGGCUUUGAUGCGGGAUCGAGGGUUGGUGGGGAGAGUGAUUGAGUCUGCGAUCAAGAUGGCGAGUCAUAUUUGCUAUAAAUCGCUUGGGACGUUUGAGUUUUUGGUCAGUGAACUGCGGGGGGAGUUUUAUUUCUUGGAGAUCAAUCCUCGUCUUCAGGUUGAGCAUACUAUCACGGAAUCUAUCAGUGGGAUAGAUUUGGUGCAGACGCAGCUUUUGUUAGCGCAGGGAUAUACAUUCAAACAUUUAGGUCUUGGUGGUGAGACUAACGCAUUCGACGCUCCGCCAAAGGCCUUCUCGGUUCAACUCAGACUGUGUGCUGAGGACCCAAGCAACAAUUUUGCUCUGAGCAUUGGCAAGGUGAAUCGGUUCAGCGUCCCAAGCGGACAUGGAAUACGUGUCGAUACCAACGUCAAUAUCGCCGGUUCCCCAUUGAUCGUGGGAUCCAAUUUCGACAACCUAUUGGCCAAGAUCAUAGUCACUGCACCAACCUGGGAAGCAACCGUGAGAAAAGCCCAGCGAGUCUUGGCUGACUCCCGGAUAGACGGGGUGAAAACUAACAUCAGUCUUCUACGGGGAAUCGUGGCCCAUUCCGAUUUCAUGUCCGGCAGAGUCGACACACAAUGGCUUGGGCUCAAUCUCGAGUCUGUACUGCAGCAUGGUGAGAAUAUAUCGAAAACUCUACAAACGCAAGAAGGAUCUGCCGCCCCUUCGCAGGCAACCACACAGAGCGCGCUGCCAGCAUCCAAUCUACUAUUCCGAAAGGGAGAUGCAUGGUCCAUCACUUUGGAACCCCUUUCAAAGGAUGGCCAACACGCAGACAAAGUAUCGCACCAUCUCCUCCUCUCUCGGGUUUUACGAAAUGAGUUCCCCUCCUCUCUCGCCGCCGAGAUCGAAUAUACCACCCCAACUUCUCGCACUGCAAUCCCUUACCGGAUGAAACUAGAAACAACCUCAACAGCCGCGUCAGCAUUGGUCUCCUCAUCACACCGACGAGGCGAUAUAAAGAACCCCCAGCACAUCGUUCUCCCUCUCUCUGGCAAGCUGAUCGAGAUCCUCGUAACAGACGGCGAAGAUGUUGCCGAGAACCAGGUUCUGGCUUUCGUCAAGCAGAUGAAGAUGGAGCUGGAGGUGCGCAGCCCUCGUGCUGGACGGGUUAAAUGGGUCUAUGAGAUGGAGGAUGAAGAGGAAGAUGUUGCAGAGGGGAUGUUGUUGGUGGAAUUGGAGCCAAGUGUUGGUAGUGUGGGAGUGAGAGGGAAGUUAUAA